AUAUAUAACUGAGAAAAUAUGUGAAUUCAUUAAUUAUAAUUGUAUGCUAAAUCUCCUGUAAAUACCAAUUUUUCAAAUCUUGAUUACGUUUGCAGAAUGUUUUUUCCGCGAUAAAGAAAAUAUAAAUAAAAGCGGGUAAGGGGUAUUUGUUAACAUUUUCAAAGUAAUCAGCAUUGUGGAGGAGUGUUUUUGGACAUUGGCCGCAGAUUCGAAAUAUUAUGGAUACGGACGAUUUGUAUAAUGAAGAUAGCAAAGAAUUUUCAUACGAUUUCGAUUUUUACGCUUUAAGGAAGCUUCGCACACAACAGAAAAGAAAAAUUACUGUUUUGUCAAUUAUUAUAGUCGUUUUGUUGGUUUUGCUGGUCACUUUUGUGCUAUUGUACACAAAAUUAAACUCCAGUUCCAGUGAUAACAACGAAAAGACAAACUCAGGAAAAAUAACAUCUGGGCGUAUUGAUUGUGAAUCAAAUUUGGAUUGUGGCAACAAUUCUUACUGCUGGUACAAGAAAGGAAGCACGUUUUGCGCAUGUGCAGAAGGACACAUUAAAAACGGGACACAUUGCAAAGAAAGUAAGGAAAACAAUACAAAACUGACAUGUAAAUCUGAUGAAGAUUGUUCUAUGAAUGCAUUUUGUCGGUAUAAGAACGGAACAUCAUUCUGCGCGUGUGCACCAGGUUAUAUUUUAAACGAUGAGAAGAAGCACUGUAGAGAAAGUAAAGAAAACAAUACAAAACUGACAUGUAAAUCUGAUGAAGAUUGUUCUAUGAAUGCAUUUUGUCGGUAUAAGAACGGAACAUCAUUCUGCGCAUGUGCAACAGGUUUUAUCUUAGACGACGAGAAGAAGCACUGUAGAGAAAGUAAAGAAAACAAUACAAAUCUGACAUGUAGUUCUGAUGAAGAUUGUUCUAUGAAUGCAUUUUGUCGGUAUAAGAACGGAACAUCAUUCUGCGCAUGUGCAACAGGUUUUAUCUUAGACGACGAGAAGAAGCACUGUAGAGAAAGUAAAGAAAACAAUACAAAUCUGACAUGUAGUUCUGAUGAAGAUUGUUCUAUGAAUGCAUUUUGUCGGUAUAAGAACGGAACAUCAUUCUGCGCAUGUGCAACAGGUUUUAUCUUAGACGACGAGAAGAAGCACUGUAGAGAAAGUAAAGAAAACAAUACAAAACUGACAUGUAAAUCUGAUGAAGAUUGUUUCAUGAAUGCAUUUUGUCGGUAUAAGAAUGGAACAUCAUUCUGCGCAUGUGCAACAGGUUUUAUCUUAGACGACCAAAAAAGGCAUUGCAGAGAUAUAGCAUUUGCGAUUAAUUUUAAGCAACGUACAAUCCGAAAUAUUCCGACAUUAUAUAACGUCAUUUUCCCUGAAACUGACUCGGUUUCUGUAUGUUUCUGGUAUAAACUGCGACAGUCACCAGGAUGGGUAUUCAAACGCGUUGUAUCCUACACCAUUAAAGGAAAGAAAGAUUUUAUGGUUUGGUUCCUUGAAGGAAUAAUGUCUGUAAUUUCUUUCAACAACACAGUUCGCAUGAGAAGAAGUUUUGUCGUAAAUAGAUGGACACAAUCUUGUUGGUCAGGAAGAAAUGGUGGGAAAUGGACACUAUAUGUCAAUGGAAAGGUGUUUAGUCAAGGCACAAAACCUCGCACUCGCAAACAUCUAACUUCAGUAGGGACAUUAUAUCUUGGUCAGGAUCAUGACAAUCCUAAGGUGUAUAAUCGUGGUCGGAUGUUUGAAGGGAAGAUAACUGAGCUGUUUAUUUAUAGCGGAGAGUUGAGCAAGCAAGAUGUUCUUAAUUCAUAUAAUCAUAAACCUCGCUUAAAUGAUGUUAUUGUUGGAUGGUGGCAAUUUAAAAACAAAACAUCUGGAAAGCAGAUCGUUGAAGAACAUUCACCAUUUUUUAAAGAAUAUGUUACUUCAAACCAGUGCAAAUCAGUCUAUUGUGUCGUUAACGCGGAAUGCCAAACGGACAGAUUUGGAAAUGAAAAAUGCAACUGCAAAGAAGGAUAUGUAGGCAAUGGUAAUGAUACUUGCAAAGAUAUAGCAUUUGGAAUUUAUUUUAAGCAGCGUACAAUCCGAAAUAUUCCGACAUUGCAUAACGUUACUUUCCCUGAAACUGACUCGGCCUCUGUAUGUUUUUGGUAUAAACUGCGACGUUCACCAGGAUGGGGAUACAAAGGCGUUGUAUCCUACACCAUUAAAGGAAGGGAAGAUUUUAUGGUUUGGUUCCAUACAGGAAAAAUGACUGUAAUUUCUUUCAACAAUACAGUUCGCACGAGAAGAAACUUUGUAGUGAAUAGAUGGAAACAUUUCUGUUGGUCAGGAAGAAAUGGUGGGAAAUGGACACUAUAUAUCGAUGGAGAAGUGUUCAGUCAGGGCACAAAACCUCGCACUCGUAAACAUCUAACUUCAGUAGGAACAUUGUAUCUUGGUCAAGAUCAUGAUAAUCAUAAAGUAGAUGAUCCUUAUCAGAUGUUUGAAGGGAAGAUAACUGAGCUGUUUAUUUAUAGUGGAGAGUUGAGCAAACAAGAUGUUCUUGAUUCAUACAAUCACAAACCUCGCUUAAAUGAUGUUAUUGUUGGAUGGUGGCAAUUUAAAAACAGAACAUCUGGAAAGCAGAUCGUUGAAGAACAUUCACCAUUUUUUGAAGAAUAUUUUACUUCAGACCAGUGCAAAUCAAUUCAUUGUGUAGCUAAUGCAGAAUGCCAAACAGACAGAUCUGGAGAUGAAAAAUGUAACUGCAAAGAAGGAUUUGUAGGCAAUGGUAAUGAUACUUGCAAAGAUAUAGCAUUUGCGAUAAAUUUUAAGCAGCGUACAAUCCGAAAUAUUCCGACAUUGCAUAACGUUACUUUCCCUGAAACUGACUCGGCUUCUGUAUGUUUCUGGUAUAAACUGCGACGUUUACCAGGAUGGGGAUACAAAGGCGUUGUAUCCUACACCAUCAAAGGAAGGGAAGAUUUUAUGGUUUGGUUCCAUACAGGAGAAAUGACAGUUAUUUAUUUCAACAAUACAGUUAGCACGAGAAGAAGGUUUCUCGUGAAUAGAUGGAAACAUUUCUGUUGGUCAGGAAGCAAUGGUGGGAAAUGGACACUAUAUAUCGAUGGAAAAGUGUUUAAUCAGGGCACAAAAUCUCGCACUCGCAAACAUCUAACUUCAGUAGGGACAUUAUAUCUUGGUCAAGAUCAUGAUAAUCAUAAAGUAGAUGAUCCUGAUCAGAUGUUUGAAGGGAAGAUAACUGAGCUGUUUAUUUAUAAUGGAGAGUUAAGCAAACAAGACGUUCUUGAUUCAUACAAUCACAAGCCUCGCUUAAAUGAUGUUAUUGUUGGAUGGUGGCAAUUUAAGAACAAAACAUCUGGAAAUCAGAUCGUUGAGGAGAAAUCACCUUUUUUAAGGUAGUUCCAAAUAAUCAGAAACCACUGUAAAGUGAAAAUGUAGGGAACCUUAGAUUCUGUGACUUGUGUGAAAAGAUACUAGUUAUAUUUUCAUAUGUACGUAAGAGCUCAUUUCUAAAACUAUACUAUGCAUCUUGACUGCUUAAAUAAGCACUUUCGUCACCAAUAGAAAACUAAGUCGAUAAAACUCAUAGGUUUAUAAACUGAAGAAUCUAAAAAUCACAUUCACAUUUUGACAUGACCCCUAUAUUUAUAAAAACAGUAUUGAAGCGUUUUUGUUUUGUCUUACGUAAACCUUUGACUUAUUAUGGACUCUUCUUUAACAAGGUCCCUUUUGAUAAAUUCUUU